AUGUCAGGGCAGCAGGCGGGUGCAGAGCAGCGGCGCGAGGAGCCAAGCGCGCCGGCCUCGUCGCCCUCUCACUUCGUGCUGGGGCUGGACGUGGGCAGCACGGUGAUCCGCUGCCACGUCUAUGACCGGACGGCGCGGGUGCGAGGCUCCAGCACGCAGAAGGUAGAAAAUGUUUACCCUCAACCUGGCUGGGUUGAAAUCGAUCCGGAUGCUCUCUGGACUCAGUUUGUUGCUGUAAUAAAAGAUGCUGUCAAAGCUGCCGGGGUGCAGAUGCAUCAAAUUGUCGGUCUCGGCAUAUCAACGCAGAGAGCCACUUUUAUUACGUGGAACAAGAAAACAGGCCAUCAUUUCCACAACUUCAUUAGUUGGCAGGACCUAAGGGCAGCUGAACUUGUAAAGUCCUGGAAUAAUUCUCUUAUAAUCAAGCUAUUGCAUGGGGCCACCCGACUCCUUCAUCUCUUCAGUAGGAGUAAAGUGAUGCUAACGGUGAGUCGCUUCAGCUUCACCACCCAGCACGUCACCCUAAGAUUGGUCUGGAUUUUACAAAACCUGUCUGAGGUGAAAAAGGCAGUGGAAGAAGACAAUUGCUGCUUUGGGACGAUUGAUACCUGGCUGUUACAUAAGCUCACGAAAGGUGCUUCCUAUGCCACGGAUUAUUCAAAUGCCAGUACGACUGGAUUUUUUGAUCCAUAUGCGAUGCGCUGGAGCAGGCUCAUAACCACCAUGGUUUCCAUUCCACUAUCCAUCCUGCCUCCUGUGAAGGACACCAGCUAUAAUUUUGGAUCAGUGGAUGAAGAGAUAUUUGGUGUCCCUAUACCAGUUCUUGCCUUGGUUGGUGACCAGCAGUCGGCCAUGUUUGGAGAGUGCUGCUUUGAGACAGGAGAUGUGAAGUUAACCAUGGGAACGGGGACAUUUUUGGAUAUCAAUACUGGAAAGAGCCCUCAGCAUGUUAAUGGAGGCUUUUAUCCAUUAAUUGGAUGGAAGAUUGGGCAAGAACUUGUAUGUUUAGCUGAAGGCAAUGCAGGAGACACGGGUACCGCUAUAAUGUGGGCUCAAAAAUUAGAUCUCUUCACAGAUGCUUCUGAGACUGAAAAGAUGGCCCUGAGCCUGGAAGAUUCUGAAGGGGUUUAUUUUGUCCCAUCUUUUAAUGGAUUACAGGCUCCAUUAAAUGACCCCUGUGCCUGUGCCUCUUUUAUGGGUUUGAAGCAUUCCACUAGUAAAUACCAUCUCGUCCGAGCAAUAUUGGAGUCAAUAGCUUUCAGGAACAAACAGUUAUAUGACAUGCUGCAGAGAGAAAUCCAGAUUCCAGUCACCAAUAUCCGGGCAGAUGGAGGCGUCUGUAACAAUGCUUUCAUCAUGCAGAUGACUUCAGACCUGAUUAAUGCGAAGAUAGACAGACCCUCCCACUUCGACAUGUCCUGCUUGGGUGCAGCCUCUCUGGCUGGCCUUGCUGUUGGAUUUUGGGCAGACAAGGAAGAGCUACAGAAGCUGAGGCAAAGUGAGAUGGUUUUCCAGCCUCAGAAGAAGUGGCAGGAGUAUCAGGUGGCUAUGGAGAACUGGGUGAAAGCCGUGAAGCGCUCUAUGAAUUGGUAUAACACAAAGUAACCCCAGGAGCCAAGAGAACCUGCAGGCUGGGCGACGGGGUGUACCAAUGGGAGACGCGCAGGGAUCACCAUACCCUGGCCAAGAAGAGAUCACCCACACCAGGGCCGAGAGGAAAAGCGUGGAAACGAGCCUCACAGGCUGAGAGAAGAAGCCUGGCUCUUUUAA